AAGGUAAUUAAUCUCUACGCUUCUCUCUCUGCAAUUACUCCUUGGGAGCUUCUCUCUCUAGAACAUUGAGUAUUGCUGACUUGAGCGUUGGAGUGUGUUUUCCCCGAGGAAACAACCUCGGGAUUUUCAGGUGUGGAAGCAGCUAAGGACUUCAACAGUGUUGGACUGCGAAGCUGCUGAAACAUUGGCGCCGUCUGUGGGAACUCGAACAAGGAGUCGUGUGACUUAACCUGCUGAGAGACAAAAUGGUUCGUACCUUUACAGGAGAUCGCCCUCCAAGAAAUGAAGUGGACGAACAGGAGGACAUACAAGUAUCUGAGCCUGGGUUGAAUGACGUUAGGCCAAUGCCUAAAAAUCUUUUUGUAGGGGGAGCCAAACAGGAUCACCUGAGUGAGAUAGAUGAUGAAAGAACACCGACUGGGUAUGCAACCCAGCCUGAACAGUUCCAAGUUCCAACAGGGACAAGACGAAGACCUUCUAGACCGCACAAUUCGCAGCAUGAACGACCUGAAAGGUCAACAGAACCUGCUCGGACAACCGAGCUCGAGGAGAGAACUAGAGUUCUCGAAAUGGCAAUGGGUAAAAUCCUUGCCCGCCUGAUCCUAGAUGACCCCCUGAUUCCUUUGCUGAACAGGGAUGCACAACCAGCUGCGGUUGUGGCAACUAGAAACUCCCCUGCUCUAAGCAAUAUAGUAGUGCCGACCAGGCCUAGGGGAAGUGGGAAAUUGAAUAUCGAGCCCAGCUCGUCCAAAUAUAGUGAAGAAUUGAUGAGAAAGAACGCAGACCUCGAAAGGCAACUGCGGGAUGUACAGAAAUCCAUUGACGAGCUGAAAAGCCCCAGGUCGCACCAACAGACCUUAGAUUUGGAUAGUGCUCCGUUGAACCUAUCCAUCACCGCAGAACCGUAUCAAGAGGGAUUCAAAAUUCCCCACUUAGAGACAUAUGAUGGCACGAAAGACCCGGAUGAACAUCUACACACCUAUCAAGCCAUCAUGAGGAUUCAAAACGCCAAUGAUGCCAUGAUGUGCAAAGUAUUCCCGGCGACACUGAAAUCAACAGCCAGAAGAUGGUAUCACAAACUCCCCAGACAUUCAAUAGAUUCAUUUUCCCAGCUCGCCAAGCUGUUCUCAAACAAAUUUGCGAGCCAAAGGGAGAUCAAGCGCACAGCAACCGAGCUGAUGCAAGUUAACCAGAAGGAAAGGGAGUCCUUGAGGGAUUACAUGCAGCGGUUCAACAAAGCCACAUUGGACAUUGAUAAUGUCCCAGACACGAUCUGCCUGUCCGCCCUGUUACACGGGUUGAAGCGUGGCCGGUUCCUUGACGACCUGCUUGAAAACCCACCGAAGACGUGGAACGAGGUGAAUGACAGGUCGGCCAGCUUUAUACUGUCAGAGGACUUUCAGUCGUCCAAGCGACGAGUUGAUGAUAAGCCGAGCAGAGGCCAGGAGCAACAACCGAGAAGAGAAGAAAAGAAGAAGCAGAAGGUCUCAAAUCCUGGCACAAAUUCAGCACUGGGUUCGGAGACCUCCACCCCCACUACAUGAUUCUCCGAGGGCAGAUAAGAGCAAGCAUUGUGACUACCACCGUGUAUAUGGUCACAAUACAGAGGACUGCCAGCA